AUGAAUCAUGGUGAUGAUGAUAAUAGUGAUGACUAUGUAGAUGAGGAUUAUGAUGUUAAGGGGAAUGAUGAUGAUGACGAUAAUGAUGAAUUUUUUAGGCUUGAUGAUGGUGAUGACAUGUAUUAUGUACCAAGCCAAGAUGUUAGAAGAAGUCAAACCAAUGCUUAUAAUAACGAGGUCGAGUGCAACAAUCAAUAUCUUCCCUGGAAUAAAGGGGUAAACACUACGGGGAGUGUUUGGCCCUACGGGAUCACCUUCUUUCACAAGCCCACAGGAAGAAUCUCUGAUGGCCGCCUAGUCCCUGACUUCAUUGCAAUUAAUGCAACAUUGAGACUACCAGUACCAUACCUGGAGGAAGGGGGUGAAUUUGUUGAUGGCGUCAACUUUGCUUCAGCCGGAUCUGGUGUUCUUGGUUUUAAUAAAAAGGCGAUUAACCUUGAAGAGCAACUAGAAUAUUUCAAGACCUUCGCGAAACAACUACAACAGAAAUUGGGUCACGAGGAAGCCGAAAGUCUUCUGCACAGAUCGGUGUUCUUGUUUAGCACCGGAGGAAACGAUUACGUCAUUUAUAACAUGAGAAGAGAUCCGUCUCUUUCCGAGCAGGUUGAACAUGUAGGACAGGUGCUCGGUAAUUUAACAGCUGCACUCGAAGAAUUUUAUGCUCUAGGGGCAAGGAAAAUUGGCUUCCAAAAUGUCGGACCAUUGGGUUGCAUGCCAGAUGUGAGAGAGAGAACCAAUGAAAUAGAGGUUGAUUGUGUUGAGAGAUUCAUGAGGCAUGCAACAUUACACAACAGUUUCCUAUCCACUGUCCUGGAGCAAUUUGCUCAUAAACACCCUGAUUUCAAAUAUGCAUUGUUCGAUUACUAUAAUGCUCUUCGUAAUAGAACUCUUCAUCCCACAGAAUACGGUAAUCAAUUAUUCAUUUUUAAACAAAACUAA